CUGGUCCCAAGUUGUGUGUCAGGCAGGCAGACGUGCUGUGGAGACACUUUACCGGAGACACAAAGUACCGGCGCGUUCAUCUCUCUGACACCUCACUCGUCUCUCUCGGUCACUUUUUGGACGUUUCUGUCUUUGGCCCAGGGUGUGGCUUCUGAGAAUCAGGGUCGUGGAUUAUUGGGCUGUUUUUGGAGAAUAACUGAUGCAUCUCCAUAUGAGCGCAUGACCUCUCCUCCCUCAAAAGGUUGGGGCUCACCCAGCUGGAAAGAGACCCUGACCUGGGGAAAAAUCCAGAUGAACAUGGAGUCAUUUAUCCUCUGGAGGGCUGCCCUCAUCUUCCUCAUGGUUCCCUCUGUCCAGUGUGCAGAGACUGAGCCCCAGAGUGCAGUGUUCCUGCCAGAGUUUGCCCUCUCACCUCAGGGCAGCUUCAUGGAGGAUGCCACAGAAGAUCAGUUUCUAACCUACAGAUACGACGACCAGGCGUCCAGGAUGACCCGCUCAGAUGAAGAAAGUGACAUGGGUUGGGACGCCUGGGGCCCCUGGAGCGACUGCUCUCGAACUUGCGGGGGAGGAGCCUCUUACUCCCUACGACGCUGUCUCAAUGGAGGAAGCUGUGAUGGCAAAAACAUCCGCUACAGAACCUGCAGCAACAUGGAAUGCCCGGCAGAGUCAGGUGAUUUCCGGGCCCAGCAGUGUUCAGCUCACAACGACAUCAAGUACCAGGGUGUUACCUAUGAGUGGGUCCCAGCACCUUAUGACCCCUUAGCACCCUGCACACUGCGGUGCCAGGCUAAAGGGAGAAGUCUCACUGUUGAACUGGCCCCCAAGGUGCUGGAUGGGACACGAUGCAGGGCGGAUGCCUUUGACAUGUGUAUCAGUGGACUUUGUCAGGAGGUGGGCUGUGAUCGCCAGCUGGCCAGCGGUGCCAGGGAGGAUAAUUGCGGCGUGUGUGGUGGCGAUGGCUCCACCUGCCGGCUGGUACGAGGACAAGCAAUACCCCACCUAACACCAGAACAAUCUCUAAAGACGGUGCUUGAGGUGCCGUUGGGAAGCCGCUUUCUUAGACUCAAUGCCAAAGGACCUGACAUGAUAGUUAUCGAAGCUAUCUCUCUUCAGGGGAGGAAGGAGGAGACCAGUCUGGCAUCUGUAGGCUCCUAUGUGAUAGGAAACACCUCCUUGGACUUCCACAGAGGGACGGACAGGCAGACUCUCAGGACACGUGGCCCACUCAGUGCUGAUUACAUUAUCAAGAUGAAGUAUGGAGGCUCCAAGGACACAGUUGUCCAGUUUGUCUUCUACCAGCCAAUCAGGUACCAGUGGAGAGAGACCGACUUCUUCCCCUGCUCGGUCACCUGUGGAGGAGGCUAUCAGCUGAACUCUGCAGAGUGCACAGACAUCCGGUCCAACCAGACCCUGCCUGAGCACCAGUGUAACAGCUAUCCCGAAAAUAUCAAACCCACACCAAAACUGAAGGAGUGCAACAUGGACCCAUGCCCAGAGAGUGAUGGAUUCAAAGAGGUGAUGCCAUAUGACCACUUCCAACCACUGCCUCGCUGGGAGCAGGGCCCCUGGACCCAGUGCUCGGUGUCCUGUGGUGAAGGUGGCGGCUGGCAGGAUCGCAGCGUGCUGUGUGUGGAGGAGGACACCCAGGGACAGUUCUCCCAGGUGGAGGAGUGGAAGUGCACCCACUCCCCUCGACCUAUCACCCGACAGAUUUGUAACACCUUCAUCUGCCCCCAGUGGGUGGCCAUGGAGUGGUCUCAGUGCACAGUGACCUGUGGCCGUGGCCUGCGUUACCGGGUGGUUCUGUGCAUCGACCAUCGUGGGCAGCACAUUGGAGGCUGUGAAGCUUCCCUCAAACCUCACGUUAAAGAAGACUGUCUGGUCCCUAUUGCCUGCCACAAACCCAGAGAAUCCCUGCCAGUGGAGGCCAAGGUGCCCUGGUUAAAACAAGCCCACGAACUGGAGGAACACCAAACUGCUACAGAGGACCCCACAUUCGUCCCCGGGCCCUGGUCACCCUGUAGUGCCACUUGUGGGCCUGGCAGGCAAACUCGGGAGGUCAAGUGCCGGGUGCUGCUCUCAUUCACUAAGACAGAGGUGGACCUUCCAGAGGAGGAGUGUGGCAAGGACAGACCCCAGCUGGAGAGGCCCUGCAACCAGUGGCCAUGUGUCACAAGUCCAGGCACCACUUCAGGCCUCCAGGACCACGGGCCCCCUCACAUCCAGACUCAGGAUAUGUAUAGCUGGGACUACAGAGGCUUCACUGCCUGCUCAGCCACAUGUGCUGCUGGGAAGCAGAAAGCAGUUGUGAGGUGUGUUAACAGGGAGCAGGGUGAGGAGGUGGAGGACUCUGCUUGUGAUUCAUCCAGCAGGCCGCCAAUUAUGAUCCGCAUCUGUAACCCUGAGCCAUGCCCCCCAAGAUGGGAGGAGACGGCGUGGACCAGCUGCUCUGCGUCCUGCGGCGUCGGUAUACAGACUAGGAGUGUGUUUUGCAUGCGUCUGUUGUCCGUCGAUCAGCAGGAUAUUCUGACUGUUUCAGAGGACGAGUGCAAGGAAUUCAAACCUGCCAUCCUGCAACCCUGCAACCAGGUGAACUGUCCUCCAGCCUGGGAGACUGAACCUUGGCAGCAGUGCUCCCAGUCCUGUGGUGGGGGUAUCCAGGUGCGGAAGGUCUACUGUAAGCAGCUCCUGUCCACAGGGGCCUAUAGAAGGCUGGGAGACGAGGCCUGCCGGGGGGCCAAACCUGCCACUAACAGAAGCUGCAGUAACAUUGACUGUCUGCCCUACAUGACAGGAGGAGAAUGGAGAAAGUGCUCAGUGUCCUGCGGUUUGGGGAUCCAGCAUAGGGAGCCACUGUGUCGCCAGUUGACAGCCAUGGGCCGCCAGGUGACAUUGGCCAGGGAGCUGUGCUCAGGGUUGCCCUCCCCACCCCUCGUACGAACCUGCCGCAUGAUGGCCUGUCCCAAGUACAAGAAAGAGAUGAGACCCAAAGACAACCAGAAGGUUCAAGUCCAAGUCAAGCAGCUAGCGAGACGUCCAGCAAAGGCCAGAGGCUAUAUGGAGGGGGUUAAACAGUGUCCGCUGCUCAUGGGUGUACACCACAUCUACAUCCAGACCCGCAAGGAGAAACGCCUCUACCUGACUGUCGGCGGCCACGCCUACCUCCUACCCAACACCUCCCUAGUCAUCAGGUGCCCCGUCAGAAGGUUCCCUAAAGCCUACAUCCGCUGGCUCAAAGACGGACAUCCCCUGUCCAGCUCCAAACACCUGGGUGUAACUAGAUCUGGCUCUCUGAAGAUCCACUUUCUGGGGGCAGAGGACAUUGGGGUGUACAAGUGUGUUGCUGGACCCGCCUCAGACAUCUUCACCCUCCAGCUGAUAGGUAGUGACAGUAGCAGUAGGUCAACUGGCAGACCAUCUACUGCCAGUCCUAGUCCUACAUUGGAGGAGAUGCUGCCUGUUUGCCAAAGGCACUACUCAAAUCUGGACUUGUUCCGGCCUGGAGUAAGUGUGUCUCUGCUGCCCCCUGGUGUCCAGGAGGCCUCCCUGCAGCCACAGGUUGAGGAGAGACUGAUCAAUAUCACCCUGCAGGCUGACAGAGGUGAGAUCAAGCAGGAGGAGGCCUCAGAACUCCUCUCCUCAUUGUUGACCCACAUGUCUGCAGCCCAGCUCUGGACCAGGACUACAGAGGGGAGAGGAAAAGCUAAAGAGUUUGACUGGGGUUUUGGAGACUGGUCCACAUGCAGCGCUUCUUGUGGGAACACAGGGACUUGGCUGCAGAGGAUUCACUGUGUCACUCUGGAUGGAAGGGAAGUUCAGCCCAGAAUGUGUCAGCACAUACCAAAACCCUUCACCUUCCCAGUUCCCUGCAACAGACAGGACUGCCCUCCCAGAUGGUCGGUGUCAAAGUGGUCAAAGUGCUCGGCCUCGUGUGGCAGUGGCUGGAAACAGAGGCAGGUCUCCUGUCAGCAGCUGGAUGCCAGAGGUAUAGUGAGGACCCUGACAGCGGCUGGCUGCAAGAGGAUGAGCCAGCCCACAGACACAGAGCAGUGCACCGCCAAUAACUGUCCAACCUGGAUAACCAGUCCAUGGGGAAAGUGUUCAGGGAGGUGUGUAGGCUCCACCACCAGUGUACAGAAGAGAUCUGUCAUCUGCCAACAUGCCAAUGGCUCCUCAUACACAGACUGUGAUCUGAGGGACAGGCCUGCGUCAGUACGCAACUGUUCCUCGGACCUGUGUGACGUCCAUUGGCGUCCCGGUGCGUGGCGGGCCUGCACGGUGGUCUGUGGCAGCGGCUUUCAGUCCCGCAAGGUGGACUGUGUUCACCGCAGGAGUGGCAGGACUCUAGCUGACCAGCACUGUGCCUGGCUCCAACGGCCCUCCACCUGGCAGUACUGCAACAUUACCAUCUGUGGGAGUGAAUGCAGGGACACAAACCAGUACUGUAGUGUGGUGAAGAGACUGAAGCUGUGCCACCUGGAUCCGUACAAACAGAGUUGCUGUGGGUCAUGUUUACAGGGCAAUGACUCCACCUAGUGGCAGUGUUACAGUUAUAACCCCACUACUUUUUGUUAAAUAGAUGGACUACAUGAGAUGAAUGACUGAGCGACGACUGAAAGGACAUUAUUUGUGAGUGGAUGCAUAGAUGCAUAUAUGUAAGCUGGGCAAGCUUCUGUCCAAUUAUUUCACUUCCUAAAAGGAAACUGAACGCAGCCUCAAAAGGCUGGAAGUAUGAGGGGGCUUUAUUUUCUGAUUUGGACCCAACCUCCCAAAACGAAGUGUUCACUGUGUGGAUCAAAAGGAAUUUUUUUGACUUACCUGCAAAAAACUGAACGUUUAGUUUCAAGGGACAUUUAAAAUAGGCUGCCAGGCCAAAACAGAAUAUAAUGAUGUUGUUUAUGGUAGAGCGCAUACCUCAUACUUUAUCAGAUUUGAGAUAUCAGCCAGUCAUGCCAUCCACUGCUGAUAUAAGUGAGGUUCAUCAGAUCAGCCUAGACAUGCAGUCAUACUUUUCUUUCUUUAAUUGUUUCUUUAUUUAUUUGUGUAAUUGUUCAAAAGUGAUUUAUCUAAAAAUAUUAAAGGGAAGUUCCGCUUUAUUAUAACUUAAGUAAUUUUCAUAGUUUUGACCAUUACACUGAAAGUGUUAUUUUCAGUGAUAGAAAUGAUGGUGCAAAAAUAAGUUGUAAUACCCGAAACUGUUCUUUAAUGUAUUGUUUACUUUCCCUACCAUUAAAUAAGUACAGUAUGUCAUCUUGCUUUAACAAGCUGCUAACCCUGAGAAUUUCUUUAGUGUGAGUUCCAGUGUCCCACGUGUUUUAGUGUCCCCUUGUCACGUCCCAUGUCCUUGUUCGAAGGCUUUUCCAUCCUAAUAAGUGUAAAGGUUUGGUAGUACUGAAUUCUUGUUCUUCUUUGACAUGAAAAUGAUCAAGAUUAAAAAAUACUGACACAAAACAUCAGCACAAAACCCACUGUUGGUGACUUCAGUCUAGAAUAUUGUAUUGGCCUUCAAAAUAUUGAUUUGGCCGAUUCAGCAAAACUCCAGAUAGUGUGCAGUGCCGAUGUUUUUGAAAUGAUCUAUUUCUACUCUAUUUGUGAGGCAGUUACAGGCUGGUCAGGUUAGGGGAAAAUAGUGGUUAUCAGUUAAAGGAUAAGCAACUUAAAUACCUGAUUAAGGUUUGGGAAAGAUCAUGGCUGCCUCAGGGUUAGGGUUAGGGUUAGGUUAGUCUCCAUUGACAAGGAAGUUUGGAAUAGGAAGCGAAGGCACAGGUCAGCACAUGUCACUCAAGAGUCCGCACACCGUGUGAACCCUCAUUCAGCCAGGAGGAGCCCCAAAGUGGCAGGGAAGUAGAGAAGAGAGAGAGAGAGGAGAAGGAGAACCCAGACAUUAGGAGAAUCCUGGAGACAGUGCAAAAGCAGCGGUCAAGGGAUUAAGGGCCAAAAAAACAAUCCAAGAUCCAAAGGUGCAAAGAUGUUUUGUGAGGAAGAUGUUUAAGAUGAUGGUCAAGGGGAUAGAAUCAAAGGUGUCCCAGGGAGGGAUUAGCCGUUACCAUGAAGAUUGGAAGGAUAAGGUAUUAUAAGGUGUAUAUAUAAGGUAUUGGAGUUAGGGGUUAGGGUCACAAACUGCAUGAAAGUCAGAUCUGCUACACGUCUAUCCACCACCCCCACUACAACACCCUUACUUAACUACAUUAAAGGACAGAAUGCUUCUUGCAUUGGCACUGAACGUGGGCACAAUUAUGUGCAGCAGAAUCAUCCAGUAUGAACAUAAUUCCUGGGGAUACUGGGCUGGUGAAACCCUUAUGUGGAGAGAAUGCAGCAGUGGAGGUCUUGUGUGUAAUAUAUAAUAGCAAUGUCAGGUCAUGUAUGUGUUUAUAAAACAGAAUUUGGGAUUGAAAUUAACUUAAAGACCAUUGACUUGUGUGAAGGUACUGGGUUGUGAUUGUAGUUACAAUACAUGUCACUGAUGAGGAAAGAGCUGCUGCCAUUGGUGGAGGUUCGGUUGUGAAAGCAUCACUCUAUGAUUCUCAACCAUGGCAGUACAAAAGGUUUUGUAAAAAUAAUUUUGAUAUUACAAAUGAAGGACAGCCGGCGCUGGAAUGAGAGGCACCAGCACACCACUGAUUUUGACUGAAGGGUCUAUUCAUGUUACCUUUGUGUUGGUUAUCAUACCGAUGUGCUGCAUUUUAAAAUGUCUUGUAUAUACUGUGUGUUCUAAGUGCAAUAUCGUAUAUUGGGUGUAUGUAGAUUGUGUGAGACUUUUAUUUUCUUACUCAUUCAUGGUUAUGGUGUCUUUUUAAAAUAUAAAGCAUGUGUAUUUGUAGACUGGGUGGUAUGUUUACUACCACUCGCUUGGUUUUAUUUGCAUGUGUUUAAGCGCAAUCUCCAAUGUUUUGUAGCUCCAUUGUGAAAUGCCGCCAGGCAACAAGCGUUCUUCAGUGUUUUUCCCUGGCUACUGAAACAGUGGUGACAUUACACUGUGUGUGGUUUUGCAGCUUGACUGAGAGAACAUGAGGUAGUACAACAAAUCAUUAACGUGCUAUAGAUAACACAAAAGAAUAAAGACAGUUUGAUCACUUCAUAAA